CUUAAUUUUUAUAAAAAUUAUUAUAAUAAAAAUAAUUAUUAAGAAAGUUUAAAAACUAUUGAAAACAUACAAAUAUGUUCUAUUGAAUUAGCUAAAAAAAUCUACUAAGUAAAUCUUAAUCCAUAUCAAUUUAACAAAUGUAACUCUUAUAAAAUAAAAAAGAUAUAGUGAGAGAGUAGGUCUGGAUAUUCAGAUAUUCGGGUCAACUGCUUUUUAUCUGGAUUCUUUGGAUCAUAAACAUUUAGACACAAUAAAUAUUUGAAUUCUUUUAAUUAGGGUUUAGGUUGGUUCCAUGUCCGGGUCGGUUCGGAAUAAUAAUUCAAAUACAUGUAACAUACAUUUAAUAUUUGGGUAUAUAUCAGAUUUAGGUUGGUUCAGAUAUUAAGAUCUGAAAAGAUUAGAAAUACCUGAAAACCUUAAAAUAAUCUGAAACUUGAAAAAUAACCAAAAACUCAACAAAUACCCAAAAUAUAUUCAGAUACUCGAAAAAGAUCUGAAAUGCUUUCCGAAGUAUAACCCAUAAAACCAAAAAUAUAUUUUAAAUUUUUACAUGAAAUCUGAAAGUAUAACUGAAAACUUAACUAAAAAAAAAGAAUAUCUGUAAUAUCGAAAACAUAUCCAAAAUACACAAAUAUACCUAAUAUACAUACAACAUUUCAUGUACGUUGGGUAUCAGACCGGGUUUUGGGUAGGAUCCGUCCAAACCAAGAUCCAGUGGUCCAAAAAAUAUCCAAUAUGUACAUUUUCCUGGACUCGGACACGAUCGUUUUUUUUUUAGAUUCGAGUAAAUGUCUAGGUUUAAGAAAGAUAAUUAUAUAAAAAUAUACAUAAAAAAAUCUCAAAUAAACUAAUUCAUAAAUUAUAUAAUUUUAAACAAAUUCACUUCUUCAAUAUUAUACAAUUUUGUUACAUAAUAAUGUACAACAGCCAUAAAAUAUUAAUUCAUGUCAAAUUUUGUCCAUAAUUAAAAAAAUCACGCUUCGAGUAUAAUUCAAAAAACUCCGCGUUUCGAAAGCGCGGGUCAAAAUCUAGUUAAACCAUUAUAAUCAGUUAAAUUUUCGUAAAUAAUAUUGCUAUUAGUGGGCUUACCGUAGUGCUUAUAGGGCCCAUAAAUGAAUGAACCAUUAAGAUAUCAAUUCAAUUUUGUGUCUUUCAGAUUGCAGCAAUACACCCACCAAAGCCUUCUUCCUCAGUUUUCAUAGCUUCACGUCUUCCUCUACAUUUGGUGGACGAUGACGCUUUUCCACUUCUUCAACUGUGCGAUUCUCACAUUUGGACCCCACGCCGUCUACUACUCCGCCACUCCCUUAUCUGAAUAUGACACUCUUGGAACCUCCGUGAAGGCUGCUCUUGUCUACCUUGCCACAGCUUUGGUUAAGCUUAUUUGUUUGGCAACUUUGCUGCAAGUAUCUGAGACUCAAGUAUUCGACCCAUACCAGGAAGCACUGAAAGCAAUGAUUGGCUUCAUCGAUGUUGCUGGUCUUUAUUUUGCUCUGGCUCAGCUAACACACAGGAACAUCUCCCAGAACCACAAGUUUCAAGCUGUUGGCCUUGGAUGGGCAUUUGCAGAUGCUGUUUUACACAGGUUGGCACCUCUUUGGGUUGGUGCUCGAGGACUGGAGUUCACUUGGGAUUAUGUUUUGCAAGGGCUUGAAGCCAAUGCGAAUUUGGUGUUCACGAUAUCUUUAGCUGCUCUAGGUUCGUUGAUGUGGCUACGCAAGAACAAGCCAAAGACAAUGAUCCCCAUCAUAUACACGUGUGCACUGAUCAUCGCCACUAUGCCUUCAAUCACAAGCUAUCUAAAGAGAGUCAUGGGAUGGCAUUUCCCAAAAAUUGUUGGGUUUGAGAUGUUAACUUCUCUGGUGAUGGCUUUCAUUAGUUGUCAGCUCUUCAUCCUCUGUCAGAGACGGUCUUUGUGAUUCCACACAUGGUCGAAAGACCAAACAAAUUUGGACUGCUCUUAGCCAUAGAACUUUUUGUUUAUGGGUAACUCUUGGGACGUACUAGCCUUGUUUUUAGUUCCUUGAAAAGUUGAUCUUUAAUUUGUAGAAGAAUACUGAACACUUUUGAAAAAAAAAGAAUAUUGAUCUGGUCA